CGAAACCAAUCUGCCAUUCUACGAAUUACCUUUUUCUCUGUUCUCGCCUGGCCGUUUAUGAUUAAAAAUGUAUCCAAGAUUUAGAAUCAAUUAAUAUGUGUCUAUUUAUUUUGUGAUUUUUGAAAUAAGUUAACAUAAAACAUUAAUCAACAUGAGUGUUUUCAAGUCUGCAAUGGGGUACUUCAGCUCUGCAGGUGCCAACUGUGGCAGUGAUAAUGAUUUUGUUGGGCAAUUUGUUGAGAUAGGUAACAUGAAAUUAAGAGUGAAAAAAGUUAUUGCAGAAGGUGGUUUUGCAUUUGUAUUUGUUGCUCAAGAUGUAUCUUCCGGUACGGAAUAUGCUUUAAAAAGGCUAAUGGCUGCUGAUGAACAAGCCAAUAAGAAUAUUAUACAAGAGAUUAGUAUAUUAAAGAAACUAUCCGGACAUCCCAAUGUAAUUAAAUAUGUAGCUGCUUCAUUUAUUGAUAAGGCGAAGACUACCCAUGGCAUGGGUGAAUAUUUGUUAUUAACCGAUCUCUGUAGUGGAGGAAGUUUAAUGGAGGCUUUACAGAAUAGAGGGCAAGCUUUUCCACUACCAACAAUUCUGAGGGUAUUUUAUCAAACUUGUAAAGCUGUGCAGCACAUGCAUGCGCAAGUGCCCCCUAUUGCACAUCGUGAUCUAAAACUAGAAAAUUUCUUAAUUUCUAAUGAAGGUACAAUUAAACUAUGUGACUUUGGUUCUGCAACUACUGAUAUUUUUGCUCCAAAUCCUUCUUGGAGUGCAAACCAGAGAAAUAUGUUAGAAGAAAAUUUGGCCCAAUUCACUACACCAAUGUACCGAGCCCCUGAAAUGCUUGAUACAUGGGAUAAUCGUAAAAUAGAUCAUGCUGUGGAUAUAUGGGCUCUAGGAUGUAUCCUGUACACAUUAUGCUACAUGCAGCAUCCAUUUGAAGAUUCAGCUAAAUUGGCCAUCUUAAAUGGAAACUAUAAUAUAAGCCCCAAUGAUCAACGAUACAAAUGCUUUCAUGAAGUAAUAAAUGGCUGCCUGGCGGUGAACCCCGAAGAGCGCUUGUCAAUAAGCAGUGUCCUGGAGCGGCUGGCGGCGAUAGCUGAGUCCAACAACGUCAAUCUGAAGCAACCACUCAAAUUUGAGCGUAAAAAAGUUGAACAAUCUGUGGCCACUAGCUCGCCAGCGACCACUGAUCCGGUGCCUAAGAGCCAAGAGCCAGUAAAUCCGCGCCCACCAGAGCCCACUCGCCCCCCGCCGCCCGCGCGCCCGCCCGCAGCUCCGCACUACCACGCGCCGCUGCCUCAAGCACCGCCCACUUCUGGCGGUCUCUUUUCAUCUAUUAAGGAUGGUGCUGGAAGUUUUUUGAAAAAUUUAAAGGAUACCUCGUCCAAAGUUAUGCAGACUGUCCAGCAGUCAAUAGCGCGAGCGGACCUCGACAUAAGCUAUAUAACGAGCCGCGUUAUAGUUAUGUCAUACCCGUCAGAAUUAUUGGAGAGUGCAUAUAAGACUAAUCACAUCGAAGACGUAAGGCUGUACCUCGAGAGCCACCACCCGGGCGGCAAGUACUGCGUGUUCGCGCCGCAGGAGGCGCGCGCGCGCUUCCCGCGGCGCCAGCUGGUGGCGGACGCGUCGCUGUGGGCGGCGGACGAGCUGCGCGCGCCGCUGCUGGCGCCCACGUACGCGCUGCUGCAGCGCAUGUACCGCUACCUCGCGCAGGACGACCGCGCCGCGCUCGUCAUCGCCUGCCAGGAUGGUAAAUCUAGAUCGUGCUUGCUGCUCUGCGGGCUCUUGAUGUACUCGAGGCUGGUGUCGGUCCCGGAAGACGCUCUGCAAAUAUUCGCAGUGAAGCGUACGCCUAUCAACCUCCCCCCGAGCCAGCUGCGGUAUUUGUACUACCUGAAUAAUAUAAUAAGACCUGAGCCAAUACUACCGCAUUUCAGGCCCGUGUCGCUGGUGUCGCUCACGAUACAGCCUGUUCCGCUGUUCACGAAAGCAAGGGACGGUUGUCGGCCAUUUUUUGAAGUAUACAACGAAGACAGAUUGGUCUCACCUCCAUUGAGAAAUUAUGAAAGUAUGCAUCUAUUUAUGAUGACCGAAGGGAAGGUGACGCUGCCGCUGGACAGCACGGUGGUGGGCGACGUGACGGUGAGCGUGUUCCACCUGCGCCAGCAGCUCGGCCGCCUGCAGCGCGUGCCCGUGCUGUCCGUGGCCUUCCACACGGGCUUCCUCGACUACGACCAGCACGUCAUCAAGUUCACCAGAUCAGAAAUCGACGGAAUAGACGAUUCGGGUCCAGUGAACGAGCACUUCUCGUCCAACGUGUCGGUGGUCAUCAGCCUCGUGGUGCAGAACGGGGAGCGACGCAAGCCUCGCAGUGACAUCUGGGAGGAGGACCACUCCUACCCCGUCAGGACACCGGAUGUACUAUUCUCAACCACGCUGGAGAGAGACGAGACCAUAGACAACUUCGUGACGGCCGAGUUCCCGGCCCGCGAGGCGGAGAGGCGCCCCCCCGCGCCGCACCGCCCGCCGCCCCCCGCGCCGCACCGCCCGCCGCCCCCCGCGCCGCACCGCCCGCCGCCCCCCGCGCCCGUGCCGCCCGCGCACGCCGCGGACUUCCUGAACAUUGCGAACAAGGCCGCGCCGGAACAAAAAGUUGAUGAACCCAAGACUGAGAAAUUGAAGAGCGGGGACUCGUUCGACUUCUUCGGCAUGUUGGAGAAGCCCGCCGAUGAGUCGUUCGGGGACUUCCUGAGCAGUCAAGUCACCGAAAAUCCGCAGCCAUUCGUAUCGGAAUCAAUAUUCGGCGAUCUCCCCCCACCGUCGACGACCACCGCUGCCAGCGUGAACGUGAACGCGACCGACAAUUUCGACCCGUUCGGUCUCAACGACCCGCUGCCAAAGCAGGAGCCACUGCUAACGCCACUGCCGGUUAAAGAUGACGCGCGUCAACAAAGUAACGCUGAACAAGGCCCUGGGAAACGCGACCCGUUUGCGGAUCUUGGCAUGCUAGGAGCGGGUUUACCAGGAUCUGCUCCUACCGUCACGCCCAUGACCACGCCCCUCGUGACCCCCAUGGUCACCCCCAUGGUGACUCCCCGGGCGUCCCCCGCGCACACGCCCGCGCACCAGCCGCACACGCCCGCCAGGUCGCCGGCGCACCAACCCGAUUACAGUCGUACUCACUUUGAGACAACAAAACCUCCAACCGAGGAAAAAACUAAGAAGACUGGUGAUGUGUUCGGCGAUUUAUUAGGAAGCCAAGGGUACGACUUCGCCAAGCGUGAGACUGGCCCUAAGACGAUGAAUGCCAUGCGGAAAGAGGAAAUGGUUAAAGAGAUGGACCCUGACAAAUUAAAAAUACACGAAUGGACGGAGGGCAAGAAGGCCAACAUCCGCGCCCUGCUGUGCUCGCUGCACGGCGUGGUGUGGGCGGAGUGUCGCUGGGCGCGCGUGGACAUGGCGCAGCUCGUGUCGCCCGCGGACGUCAAGCGCCACUACCGUAAGGCCUGUCUCGCCGUGCAUCCCGAUAAGCAAAUGGGUACGGCGAACGAGAAUUUAGCGAAAAUGAUAUUUAUGGAGCUAAACAACGCCUGGAGCGAUUUUGAAAGCGACGCGAAGCAACAAAACUUAUUCCAAUCUUAAUGUAACGUGAUAACCAACAGCAGCCGAUCCUCUAGUAUUAGACAAAAUAGAUAGGUCCAAAUGCCUUCAACAUAACCGCUGCGUAUAUUAUUUCUUCGUUCAAAUAUAUUUACAUAGGAGAAUAGAUCAAUGCGUGUUUAAUAAUAAAGUUCGAUGGAAAAAAACGCGGUAAACAGUGUCUAAAUAUAAGCAUGCUUGUUUAGCUUAUCCUUCAACUAGUUAAAUAUUAAACAGUUGGUAGAUGAAAAUUUUCACUUUAUCUUUUAUAAGUGUGAAAAAUUCAAUUCAAAUUACUAUUUAUUAAUUGAAAUAUAGUCUCAUAUAUAUCCCUGAAUUAUAUAUAGGCUGACUAAUAAUAACUGAAUAGGAAAAUAUAUAAAAGCUGUUAAUUUCCUGAUACUAUACUUUUUUUUUAUAGAAAAAUCAAUUUUUACAAAAUGUGUUAUAUAAUUUUUUGUUAUUUGCCGCGAUAUUAAAAUAAUAACGGUUUACCUAAGGUUACCAAUACUGAUUAGUGGAAGUGGAGCCCUAUGGAGCCCUAGUGGAGAAUAGCAUUGUCUCGUGGUAGUCCUGUCCAUAUAGUUAAACACCGUAAUCCUUAUAUAAGUAAAUGCAACAACAAAUUAUAAUUAUUUUACUUUAUGUGCCAUAUAAUAUUUUUCUAAAUGUAUUUGUUUUAUUCAAACUAAAAUUAUAAAAAAUACUUUAUAAAUACCAUAUAUUAUAUGCAGAUAACAACGCGGUUUCAACUAAUAAUAUUGGGUGUUUCUUGUUACUCAAAUGUUUUUACCAUAUACAUUACAAUUUGUGUUAAUGCAAAUCCUAUUCUCUUAUUAGUAAAUACAAAGAGCAGCUUUAUUAUGUACGUUAUAAGACUACUUCAUAUGAAUACAUACAGAGACUCAUAUGUAUGAAAUGUGUGUAUUAUAUAAAUUGAAAACACAUGCCCCAAAAUAAUAAUGUUAAUUUUAAGAAUGAACAUAUUCAAUUGGUGCACAUAAUAUGUAGAUGUCAUUAUAUCAUGUUAGCGGGUGUCUGUCUUGAAUAAUAUUAUUUAUUUAUUUUUAUAUUAUGUAUAAAUGAGAGAAUAUAAACAACUUGUAUGAGCACCGGACUAAUUUGCAAGCAUGAUUUUCAAUUAGUGUUCUUUCUGACAAGGUAAUACUCGACUUGAUAAAAUAUCAAAACAAUCAUCUUCAUUAAAGAUCUUAUUUAUAUCCCAUUAGUUCAAUUGGUGGAGUUGUAUUAUAAAGCUUAUUAUUUUUUUCUUUCAUUACCUUUUUUUUUUAUUAAAGUUGUUUUAUACAUUAUUAUAAUGACUCAGUGUAAGAUAUAUGAUUAUAAAUGUUUAAUUUGGCUAUUUGGCAAUUAAAAAAAUAUUCGUAAUGAAUGUCAAUAUGAUACAUAUAUUUAAGAAUAUUUACUUAUUAAUUUGUAUACAGACAAAGUCUGAGAUAGUACUUACCCAGUUAAUAAAAAUUAAAUUUGUUUUUAGGCUUCAAUAUUUAAAUAUUCAGUUAGUUUUUUAUAAGUAUAUUUAAAACUGAAUGCAGACAAAUGGAGUAUAUCAAAUUCUCAAUGAUCAUUAAUAAUUAUUUCAUGCUACACUAUACUAGUGUUAAAUUCGUUUUCAGUUUAUAAUAUAAGCUUCAAGAGAUGGGUGUUUGAUGUAUUGUUUUAAUAGGUUUUGCGUUUGUACAUUCCUUACAUUCUGGGUUCUAAUUAAAUAAAUGUUAUUAACAACCUUCUGGAAAUGUAAUUAAUUUAAUUUAAUACUUGAUGGACUUAAUUUCGUUUAGCUAGCGAUUGUUCCUAGAUAAUUUUUAUAGAAGCUUGCUAGGGCCUAGAAAUAAACUAAUAUUAAGCCCGUUUACAUUUUUUUUUAUUCUUUGUAUAUUUUGCUUAAUUUUGAAUAUAUAAUAAAAUGUCUGGUCAAUAAUAAAAUUGUUCAAGAAUAAUAAAUAUAGCAUACGUAA